AUGGUCAAUGGGGGCCUAGAGGAGUGGUUGCAUCCAAAUGAGAAAGAAGAUGAUGCUCACGACAAGUACUCACAGAGUUUAAACCUUCUACGGAGGUUAAAUAUUGCAUUUGACAUUGCUUCUGCACUUUUGUAUCUUCACCACCAUUGCUCGGAACCAAUAGUUCACUAUGACUUGAAACCGAGCAACGUUCUUCUUGACGAUGAUAUGGUUGGACAUGUAGGUGAUUUUGGGUUAGCAAGAUUCCUUGUAGAUACGACACGUAUUUCUUCUACAAAUCCAUCAAGUUCUAUUGGCUUACGGGGGUCAUCCGGUUAUGCAGCUCCAGCUGUUGGUUCUAAUGUUUUACUCCUCACUGCAUCAUUUUGCGUUCAAAAGUAUUACAUGCAGUUGAGUUAA